UGCUCCAGUAGGCGGGCCCUCCCACCGCUUCCGGCCCCAGGUAUCCCACAAUCCUCAGCUCUUUCCGUCUUACUCGGCUCCCGUCCGUUCUCCCGAAGGCAAUGGCCGCCGCCGUGGCUGGGAUUCUGCGAGGCGGCCUCCUGCCCCCGGCGGGCCGGCUGCCCACCCUCCAGACUGUCCGCCAUGGUUCCAAGGCUGUUACCCGCCACCGUCGCGUGAUGCACUUCGAGCGGCAGAAACUGAUGGCUGUCACUGAGUAUAUCCCCCCGAAACCUGCGAUCAGUCCUCAGUGCCUGGCUCCUCCCUCCAAGCCAGUCCAGGAGGAGACAGGCCUCAUCCGGCUCAUCCGGCGGGAGAUAGCAGCAGUUUUCCAAAACAACCGAAUGAUAGCCAUCUGCCAGAACAUCCCCAUGAGCUCGGAGGACAAGCUGCUCAUGCGACACCGGCUGCGGAAACACAAUAUCUUGGUUAAGGCCUUCCCUAACCAGUUCCUGAAGCCCUUCCUGGAGGGCUCCAAGUACCGGAACCUGCUGCCCCUCUUCGUGGGGCACAACCUGCUGCUGGUCAGCGGAGAGCCCAAAGUCAGGGAGAUGGUGCGGGUCUUGAAGAGCGUGCCCCUCCUGCCGCUGUUAGGCGGCUGCAUCGACGACACCAUCCUCAGCCGGCAAGGCUUCAUCAACUACUCCAAGCUGCCCAGCCUGGACCUGGUGCAGGGGGAGCUGGUGGGAGGGCUCACCCUCCUCACGGCCCAGACCCACGCGCUGCUGCAGCGGCAGCCCCUCCACCUGACUGCCCUGCUGGACCAGUACGUCAGACAGCAGCGCCAGGGGCACUCCGCCGAGCCGGCCCCUGGGCAGCCCGACCCUCCCGACUCUGCCCCGGACUCACAGCCAGCCUGCCCGUAAACACCCGCCCGCUGGCCGUGCCGUCCUUGCGGAGGAACUUGGGGUGGGAGGGGCACGUGUUCCCUGGCUUCUACUGACGACGAUGACCUCAGAGGAAGAAGGAUUUCAUUUCAGAAUGGCGGCUUCUGAUCUCCGUCUUUGCCCUUCGUUUUUCCAACCUGGGACCUGACAAGAGCAAAGUGUCAGCUCCACGCUCAAGGCAGAGGCUGAGCAGAUGAGGAUAUUGCCCUCUGCCUCGUGCUCACUGUCCUUGGACUUGCCUCCCCAGCCGCCCCUGGUUGUCAGAGCAGCUCAGCCCAGUGAUUGUUCUAAGGAUGGGUUCUGUGGGAGCCCCCUGUGCCAGGCUGCGUGCUGACCACUUCCUGGGUGUUAGUUCUUUUGUUCCCGGGGCAGAGAAGUUGCUGCCUGCCCGGGGUCAUGCAGUUGUAAGAGGCAGAAGGGCUUGGGCCAGGCCCUCUGCUCUGAGACGUGCUCUGGAUUUCCAGAGCCGCCUCCGUGAGGCCCCAGGUGGGCUUGGAUGUGAGUUGUCCAUCCUCGGUGUGCGGUGUGGUGGAAAGGCUGGGAACGCUGCUUUAUGACAAAAAUAAAUGCAUUUU